AUGGCACCAGGCGACAACGGCGGCGGCAAACUCUCCUGGCAAGCCGUCAAGAAACUCUGUACUCCAGGCGACAUCGACCGGCUCGCCUGCCUCGCCGUAGCUCACAUCAACGGAGCGGAUCAGAGUAAAGUCUACCACGUGGCUGCGCAGCAGUUUGGUGGGAAUAUCAAGCCCGAGUCGUAUAAGAGAGGAAUGUGGGUCAUCAGCAAGAAGAUCAAAGAUGCCGGUGGAGCGGUCGAUUCGGGUAAUGAGGUGGAUGGACGCGAUGCACAGGCGAAGACGAAAGGCGGAGCCAAGCGUGGUCCGAAGCGUAAAGCUUGCAGCGAAAGCUCGGAGGGCGAGAAGAAGCCUAAGCGUGCGAAGAAGAGUGGCAUAGCUGCGUCUGCUGCGGUCGAAGCUGAGGGUGAAGAGGCUACUGAUCCGGAUCUCGAUGGCACUUUCACUUGA